AGACGAUUCAUUCUUCAAGAAAACGAUUCAGGCGACUUACAAUGUAUAAAUGAUGAAGCACGAUUCACGCUCCUGUCACGCGAUUCAAAUCCCACACGAUUCAGCCGAUUUUGUGGAGCGAUUCAAGCUAUUCAGGACUGACCUCAAGCGAUUCAGGGCGAUUCUUUGGAGGUUCUCAAAGUUUGAGGUGUUCCUAAUCCUUCCAAUGGUCCCCAGGGACGAUUCUUCUGAAUCCAACAUCUCCAUACGACGAUUCUUCCAAUGGUCCUCUACAUUCUUCGAUUUUGCUUUAUCUUCAUAUCUGAUCAUCCAUUGCUUUAUCUCAGGAGCCGACGAUGAGAAAACCAUCUAUUCCAUCUGCCUGAGGUUGACUGGCUUCUUAAAACUAUGGUGGCUGGUAAUUUGGAAGACAUAUUCCCAGCUGCCACUCGGGAAUAUGCACCAGUCGUUGAGGAACUAUGGAAUUUCAGCAAUGCAGGCCAYAUACAAGAGGCGAAGCGAAUUGGAUACACUGCCCUGAGGGUUUUAUUUGCUUGUCACCUUGGUCAUUUCAGCCGGCAGUACAAUGAAGGAACAAACGAAGUCUGAUUAAGAGAACUGUUACUGCUUUUGUAGAUGCAACUUGUAAAUUUGUUCAUUGUGUAUAUAUUACAAUACUCAGCUCACCGACUCCAACUACUUUGAACGUUCAUUUGGAGACUCCUUGGAUGCAGAUAUUGGUAUGGAUGCUUUCACAGUGACUGCUAAAGUGGAGAUUGAACUAUUACGCAUUUGAUCUAGAGGCGGUGGAGUUUGAUUUUUGGUCAUUUCGAUUGAUUAGCAUAUUGGUU